AUGCCGGGCCCUCACAUCCUCGACCGCCCCGCUGUCAUUCUGGACAAUGGGUCGGGGCUGUGCAAGGCAGGCUUGUCGGGGGAGCAGGCCCCACGCUCCGUCCUGGCCUCCGUGGUCGGCUAUCCCAAGGGAGUCUCACUGAUGAUCGGAGCGGGCCAGAAAGACUACUACCUCGGUAAGGAGGCCCAGGCCAAGAGGGGGAUCCUGUCCCUGAGGUACCCUCUGAGGCACGGUAUUGUCACGGCCUGGGAUGACAUGGAGAAGAUCUGGAGCUACAUCUACUGGCAUGAGCUCAGGGAGAGACCGAGUCAACAGCCGGUGCUGGUGACCGAGGCCCCGCAGAAUCCCCAGGCCAACAGGGCCAGGAUGACCGAGAUCCUCUUCGAGAGCUUCCAGGUCCCGGCCCUGUACAUCGGACUGCAAGCCCUCAUGGCCCUCUACUCGUCCGGGAGAACGACCGGUCUGGUGUUGGACAGCGGAGACGGGGUCACCGCCACGGUCCCUGUCUUCCGGGGCCACUGCCUGCGCCACAGAGUCUCCCGGGCCGACUUCGCCGGCCGAGACGUCACCACGCAUUUGGCCACGCUGCUCUUGGAGACGGGCCACUCCUUCGUCAGCUCGGCCGAGCAGGAGAUCGUGAGGGACAUUAAAGAGAGGAUGUGCUUCGUGGCAUCCGACCCCGUGUGGCGGAGGCGGCGGCGGGCCCCGACCCGCCUGCGGAAUUACCUUCUGCCCGACGGGCGCCCCAUCCAGGUGGGGGACCAGCUCUUUCGAGCCCCCGAGGCCCUGUUCAACCCCUCGGAGGCGGGGGUAGAGGCCCCGGGGAUCCACAAGAUGGCCCUCCUCAGCGUGACCCGCUGCAGCCGGAGCAUCCAGAAGGAUAUCUGGGCCAACGUGGUGCUCUCCGGAGGGUCGACGCUCUUCCGAGGCCUCCGGGAGAGGCUGGGCCGUGAGCUCCGGGCCCUGGCCCCCGAGGCCCCACCCAUCGCCAUCACAGCUCCCCCAAACCGACUGUUCUCGGUGUGGGUCGGGGCUUCGGUUCUGGCCAGUCUGUCAUCGUUCAGAGAGAUGUGGGUCACUGGCGCUGCCUACCGGGAAUUCGGUCCAUCCGUGAUGCAGAGAAGAUGCUUGUGA